AUGGAAGCUAAGAUUGAAUGCCAACGUAUGUUAGUGCUAUGCCACGGUUGUUUGAGUGCGGACAGAAAGAUUUCAUGCGUUACUGGGCAGCAAAAGACACUGUUUACAAAGCUAAGGGGCGACAAGAGGAACGAAAAUGACAAAAAUUUACUUCUGUGCUGGGAGUGUAAAGCAUUGUUAAAUAAAACCCAACAGUUUCAAGCUCGGAUCAAAUCAGCACAGAAACAACUAGCGGACUACCCCAAUGGCUAUAUGCAUGAUAAGAACAAAUUCAAUAUCCACACACGAUUGUCAAAAACAAAAAAUCCAGAAUAUGAUUACAUAUACGUUCACGAAGAAGAAAUCAAUGAAAACAAUUUCUUUUCCACACAAUAUGGAUCAGACACGGAAUCGGACACAAAAGACGAUUUAGUCAUAGACGAAGAAGACAAUUUUUUAACAGAGAACGGAGAAUUAUUGCAAGAGAUAAAAGAAGAAUGUGAUAAUGAAAUUAAAAAUGAAAUUGACAGUUGCAAUGAUGAUAAUGAUGACAUGGAUUACUGUGAUAGGGAGUUUAAGAUGGAAGAAGAAGGAGAUCUUUUACGGAAGGAAAAAAGGAAGAAGAAAAGGCCAGCUAAAUACCAGUCCAUAAAAAAGUAUUCUAACUUCGCAACGUCUAGAGUAAUUCGUGACCCUUUUACGGAUGAGGUUGGAGAAUUUUAUGAUAGUGUGAAUUUAGACUUCAGUGAGAUAAAGGAGAUUCAUAUAAGAUUUUCUUUAUCAAAGGCGAAAUUUGUGUGUGAAAUGUGUAAAAUUGGGUUCACAAAGCAUUUAGAUUACACGAGGCAUAAUGUAUUUAAACAUUUAGAGUUUAGUUACCCAACACCUUGUAAUAUAUGUAAAGACGAUAUAACAUCUACUGCCCACCUCCAUGCGCACUGGAAGCUGCGACAUAAUGUCAUGAUGAAGUGUAAAUUCUGUGGCGACAUCUGUCGCAAUAAGGGGGAACUAAAGAAACAUCUGAACAGGACACACACUAAAAUAUAUACUUGUGACAAAUGCGCUCAGGAAUUUCCAACAUUACGUGAUUUCACUGAGCAUUAUAAAAAUAUGCAUGAAAUAUUCCAGUGUGAUCAUUGUCAGAAGACAUUUAAAGUUAAAGUCAGGCUUGAGGCGCAUAUGAAAAACUACCAUCUUCCUCUAUACUGCAGUGUAUGCAAGAAAAAUUUCAAAAAUUUCCGCAAAUACGCUACGCACCUAAGGUACUACCACCCAGAAUUGGUUCCGAUCAAGAUAAAUGCAGAAGUGAAUCUUACGAGUAAAGAUUUAAGGUACUGUGUCGAGUGCGACAAGCAGUUCCCGAGCGUGUACUUGUAUCAGAAGCAUGUUAAGGAUUCAGUGAAACAUACGCCAAAGCCUAAAGUUAGCUUACCAUGUCCAGUUUGCAAAAAAACUUUUACCAAAACGUCGUACAGAAACAAUCAUUACAGAUUGUUUCAUACAGACAAGACGAAGCAUUACUGCGAACUAUGUGAUAAGUACUUUGUCAACGGAUUUGGUAUACGAACACAUUUUAAGAAUGUCCAUCAGAAGAUUCCUAAGCCAAAAGACAAGAUUUGCGACCUGUGUGGCAGAGGAUUCCAUACGAACCGUAUCCUCGUGAACCACAGACGUACUCACACCGGUGAGAGACCCCACAAAUGUCAAUACUGUCCGGCGGCCUUCGCUCAAAAAACAGCAAUGAUGACACACCAGAAAACACAACAUAAAAAUGUCAUCUCGUCGUCAUCACAUCAGACGCAAGAAGUUCACUGCCUCACACAGUCUUCCACAAAUGUUUGCUAA